CCGCCGGGCGCGCUCCCACGGGCCCACCCCCACCUCUCGGCCAGGCACCCUCUCUGCGCCUUUGAAACCUGGGGGGCAACGGCUUAUAGGUGAGCGCUCAUGGCACCAGAUCUAACUUGGAGUCUCCGGUCUAUGGCAGAUCGUCCGGCAUUGAUGGCCGGCCCCGACCUUGGCCGUUGAAGUUGGAGGAUUUUCUUUAUGGUUUCACAGGGAACGCUCGGCUGCUCUGUUGGGUGGGGGGGCGGCCGCGAGGUCUCGCCCGGGCCCACACCCAUGUACAUCCUACGCUUUUUGGCUUCGGAUACUGUUCCUUUUAGGGAUUCCGCUGUGGUGCCCCUAGGAGGAGCUGAUCACUUGUGCAAACCCACCCCCUCCAAAUUCUGGUUAUUUUUUGUUAAUUAUUCCAAUCUUUUCUCUCAAAAGAAUGUAGUCAGUGGCCUGGCAUGGCCUGGUAGCCCAGGCAGCCGGAGUCCCCCCGGCUUGGCUUUCUCGAUGGCCCCAGCUCUGCCCAAAAGCCUCCUCCCCGCUUGUCCUGGGCUCCGUGUUCAGUGAGAGAAAACGAAAUCUUCAUCGUUGCUUUGGCGACCACAUCACUUGAACCAAUUUGGCUGAAAAGUCGAGAUAUUUCAGUGUCUACCACAGUGAGCUUUGGUUUUUAUCCGGCUCGGGUUUCUGAGCACCUGCCAAUAGAAAUGUUUAAAACGGUCUCAUUUGACAAAGAUGGGUCUCUUCCCUGUGCUGGGAUAAAGGGCCCUGGGGUUAGCCGGUUUUUUUCCUUUUUAAUAUUUUGACCACUUCCCAUUGCCUUCUGUAGAAUUUUUCUUUUUUCUUUUUUAAAUUAAGCAAAAACAUCUGAUAAAAGCUAUUGCAGUUCGCCAGCUGUCUCCCAUUCCGUGCUUUGGUGUUGUCAUUCAGUGACAGAACCAGGCCGCAGUUCUCACCACCCAUAAAAUCGAGAAAUGAGAAAACCGAGUUUCCGGGGCUUCCAGUCCCGGGCUCCUUACAGAGGUGGCCCCUGCAGUAAGUGACCCUUACACCUUAGGCACCCGAGCUGGCGGGGACCUCAGAGCUCAUCUCUGCUUCACCCCCUCACCUUUAUACAGGUCAGGAAACCGAGACCCACACCGCUAGGUGCUAACGGGCCGUACACAUGUUGCCCUUCAAAAAGCAAAGUAUGGACAGUGUCGGGAGCAAAGUACCUGUCUGUGCCCACAAGUAAAGUUCCACGGGACAAGCUUCCUGUGAUCUAGUGGCUGCUUUGUCUCAGUAGAAUUUCCUUGGAAAAUAGAUAUGAGGAGAGAAUCUGGAGGAUGGGGUGGCUGCUGGCCUCUCUGCAGGUCAUCAGCAGAAAAGCAUGCUGGGUGGGGGGCUUUAUCCCAGUAACCAUUAGAGACAGAACUUCAGCCCCUCCCUCUGCCUCCCAGACAUGGGCACCUGCCUGGGUCUCAGGCAUUUUAAAGAGCACUUUGUACCCUAGAAGGGCCUAGAUGAAAAGCAUCAAGUGAACCAGGAGUGGGAGGAUGAGGAGGGACGAGGGGACAGAUGACCCCUCAGUUGGGUCACAGCAGAAGGAGGGUAGACAGUGUUGCCCCGAGAUGGGCGAGGGCACUUGGGAUGUGCCGGACACCGGGUGUAAAAGAGGGGAGGAUGCAGCCAGGUCAAGAGGACCGGGGACCCCCUGGAAACUCUGGGGCCAUCGGCCAUGACCCAGGGAUUCAGAGAAAGAUGCUCAUGGCCCAGUGGAGAGGCAGCCAGAAAGGCCCCAUGGAUGACCUUGCUGGAUUGAGCUGGAAGCAGGGACCGCACCCCAGAGCCUUUGGCAGACAGAGAAACCUGGAGACAGCUUUUUACUCCUUCGGGCAGACAGACCAGGAAUGGAAGCCCCAUUUUACAGACAAAGAAAAGGAGUAUCGGCACUUGAACCUGGGUUUUCGGGUCUCUAGAAAAGAAUAAAAGCCGUCUUCAUUCUAGGGGCGAAUAUAAUGUUUACAGUACCUUUCAAAGUCACGAACCUGAAUUUGACUAUCUGAAAAGUCUAGAAAUUGAGGAAAAAAUUAAUAAGAUUAGGUGGUUGCCGCAACAGAACGCUGCUCACUUCCUGCUGUCUACUAACGAUAAAACUAUUAAAUUAUGGAAAAUAAGUGAACGGGAUAAGAGAGCAGAAGGUUAUAACCUGAAGGAUGAAGACGGGAGACUCCGAGAUCCAUUCAGAAUCACAGCACUACGGGUUCCCAUCUUGAAGCCCAUGGACCUCAUGGUGGAAGCAAGCCCUCGAAGGAUAUUUGCCAAUGCGCACACCUAUCACAUCAACUCCAUUUCUGUCAACAGCGACCAUGAGACGUACCUCUCUGCCGACGACCUGAGGAUCAAUCUGUGGCACUUGGAGAUCACCGAUCGAAGCUUCAACAUUGUCGACAUUAAACCCGUGAACAUGGAGGAGCUGACCGAGGUGAUCACGGCUGCAGAGUUCCACCCGCAUCAGUGUAACGUGUUUGUUUACAGCAGCAGCAAAGGCACCAUCAGGCUCUGCGACAUGCGCUCCUCGGCCUUGUGCGAUCGGCACUCCAAAUUUUUUGAAGAACCUGAAGAUCCCAGCAGUAGGUCAUUCUUUUCAGAAAUCAUUUCUUCAAUAUCUGAUGUUAAAUUUAGUCACAGUGGUCGAUACAUGAUGACGAGAGACUACCUUUCAGUUAAAGUAUGGGAUCUCAACAUGGAAACGAGGCCUGUGGAGACGUAUCAGGUUCACGAAUAUCUGCGAAGUAAGCUUUGUUCUCUCUAUGAAAAUGACUGCAUCUUUGACAAGUUUGAGUGUUGCUGGAGUGGCUCCGACAGCGCUCUCAUGACCGGUUCCUAUAACAACUUCUUCAGAAUGUUCGACAGAAGCAUGCGGAGGGAUGUCACUUUGGAAGCAUCUAGAGAAAGCAGCAAACCCCGAGCCAUCUUAAAGCCCCGGAAAGUGUGUACCGGGGGCAAGAGGAAGAAGGACGAGAUCAGCGUGGACAGCCUGGACUUUAACAAGAAAAUCCUCCACACGGCAUGGCACCCGCUGGACAACAUCAUCGCCGUCGCAGCCACCAACAACUUGUACAUAUUCCAGGACAAAGCCAACUAGAGACUCGGCCCGGCCGGGGACGUCGUCCUCCUCCUGCUUCGGGAAGCCCGCGAGCUUUUCUGUUCAAAGAAAAGACCCCAUCGUCCUCUCCGUGAAGAACACUGGCGCAUUCACGUCCCCUGAUUGGCAAAGGCAAAAAGCUGGCCGGGUUCGGCUUCUGGCGGUCACACUGCCUUCCCCGAGGUGGGAAACACCCACCAGAAGCAAG